GUAUAUGUUUUCAAUUAGAAAAAAAAUGUAAACAAACUUCCUCAAGUAACUUUUGUCUUUCAACAAUUUUGUAAUUAUCCACUAUAAUAGCGAUGUAGUUGCAAUAUACAUAAGGGAGAUCAUGUAUCUUGAAUUAUGUCUAUGGACAUUAUUGAUUGCCUGUGUGUCAGCUCAAAAAUUCGAUGUAUCUGUAUGUCCCGAACAAUGUGUUUGUCCAAAGAAACGUGUUGGCGACAAAUUCAGCAAAGUCAAAUGCGGGGGAUUGGAUAAACCAGUUUUGUAUAUCAAUGAAAUACCAUUUGAACAAAUGACAAAUAAUACAGGCGUUACAUUUUUGGAUUUAUCAGUCAAUGUAAUAGCAACAUUACCGCCAAAUGCAAUCCCAGUUCCGACUCUUCAAAAACUUGAUUUGACUAAAAAUUUGAUUUCUAUAAUUCAAGAUGGAGCUUUUCGAGGCACACCAAAUCUUAAAAUUUUGACAUUGACUGAUAAUAAACUUAAAAAUGUUUCUCAGGGAAUAUUUGAAGGAUUGUUUUCAUUAGAGCAAUUGAAGUUAAAUAAAAAUUUCCUUGCUCAUAUAUCAGCUAAUACUUUUAAUUUUUUGAAUCAUCUCUCACGACUUGAUAUUUCUGAUAAUCCGUUAGUUUGCGAUUGUGAAAUUACUGGUUUUCUUGAGUGGGUCAAAAGAAAAAUAAAGCUUGGACCCAAAUCGGAAUGUCAUGAACCUCCUAGUUUAAAAGAUACUCCAAUUAAAAAUCUACGUCCUGAUAUGUUAAACUGCUUACGUCCUAAAUCAAAUACACCUCCAGCAAUUGAAAUAAUACCAACUUCUAAUCUCGUUUUAUUUGAAGGAGAUUCUAUUGAUUUACUUUGUCGCGCCGUUGGCACUGAUGCUGUAGAAGGAAUUGUCUUGACGUGGAAUGCUAUUACAUCAAAUUCUUCUGGUUCAAUUACUAUUAUUGAUGGUGAUUUUAAAAAUACAGGACUUAUUCAAAGUAAUAUCUCAAUUCCAAAGCUUAAUGCUAAUCAUACUGGCAAAUAUGAAUGUACUCUGAAUUCAACUAGUGGAAUACGUAUUCAAACAAUUGCGAUUACUGUCAUUUCAAACAAAACUCGAUUUUGUUCAGUUGACGAGAGUAAAGACAACAAAGGAUCAUAUAUUUGGACCCGUACAAUUUCAGAUGUGGUUACUGUUAAACAAUGCCAAGCUAAUGAUGAAGUAGAACCACUAGCUAGAGGUACUGUUAGUAGGCAUUGUAACUGGAAUGGAAAAUGGGAUUUAGCAGAUUCAUCAGAUUGUCCAUACAUAAGUCCAAUUACUCGUAUUUUUUAUACCCAGUCAAAAACUAACAUUACUCAUAAAGACAGUUCAGAAACAGCCAGACAAUUAUUCAAUUAUACAAGAGACCACUUUAAUGAAAUUAAAGAUUAUCUUGAUAUUAGUUACAUCGCUGAUAUAGUAGAUGAUUACUUGGAUAUUAUGCGUGAAGAAAAAUUAUUGGCACCAGUUGUUAUCGAUUUGAUAAGCUUAAUGGCUGAACUACCUAAAGAUUUACUGUUAGCAGCUCAAAAAAAUGACAAAUCGACUUCCAGAUUAGUAAAUGCACUUGAAACGGCAUUAGAGUUUACAACCACUUUGAAUUCUCGAUGGACAUCGGCAAUAGCUAUGGAAGAUUUUAUAAUAUCAAAAGAAAACUUUAGUGGGUUAACUUGUGUUUGGGGCCGAGAUGAAGAUUCUCCGACAACAAUGAAUUCAUUGAUGUGUUACGUCUAUAAUAAUCACACUCUUCCUCACAACAAAAUUAUUGAUGUGCUAAUCGAGAUACCAGGUUCAUUAUUUGCAAGUGACACAAAAAAACAGUCAUCGGAAUUGAAACUAGUAUUUACUGUGUACGAAGAUGGCAAAAUGUUUCCAGAGCCAAUGAUGGCUGCAGAUGACAAUGUGACUCUAAUACCCACUGAAAUUAAAUCAUGUGUACUAGUUUCCAAGCUAGUUGGAAUUGAUAUGGAAGUUACACCAGAACCAAUUAUUAUCGCAUUGCGCCAACCAGAAAACUAUGACCGUUUUACAAAUAUGAGACCGAGUCCGUCUUGGUGGAAUCCUCUGUCCGGUUUGUGGGAUAUAAAUCCAAACGCUAGUUGUGAACUGGCACACAUUGGCGGUGGCAUGUUAGUUUACAGAUGUAACAGAUUUGGUUACUUUGCUCUGACUAUGAGUCAGACUUCCAUACGCAAUUUGUUAUCGCCAAUAAACAGCACUAUUAAAAGAAAAACACUAUUUAGUCAAACGUCAAUUUACAUUGGAACAUUUAUGGGGAGUACAUUUUUGUUAUUUUCUGUGGUACUUUAUGUAAUACUAAACAACAACAUACAAAUGGCUAAAAAAUUAAAACACUCGUUGCCUAACACGUGGUUUGCAAUGUCAAUGUUUUAUUUAGUAUACUGUAAUGGAAUUCAUCGAACUGAAAACGCUAGGACAUGUCAAAUAAUUGGUCUACUAAUUCAGUUUUUUAGUUUAGCCUCGAUGUUUUGGAUGACGGUAACAAUAAAAGUAUUGUAUAAAAGAGUUCGUAAACCAUUUUUACCUGCCAGUACUCCAUCAGAUGACGGCGGUAUGAACAUUCCGCAUGAAGAUAUUGUUGUAAAAAAACCACUUCUAGGUAUAUACAUGGUUGGUUGGGGCAUACCGAUGUUGCUGUGCGGUAUGUCUAGCGCUGUGAACUUACCUGGUUACGGCGGCCACGAAGGCGAUUACUGUUUUUUAAAGCCUGGACCAGCUUUUGGUUUCAUUGUCGUAGUUGCUUUAGUUGUUAUCUGUUGUAUUAUUAUACUCAGUAUGCUAGUAUCUUGUGCCGCUAACAAUUUGGAUUCAAACGUACAACUUUCUGAAGGUACUCAAGCUACUGAUUUAGAACUACUAGACCAAACCAACAGUAUGGUAGAACACAAUAGCUGCCGUAGCCUUACCACUCCGUCCAGUAAAGUCGAAGAUCCUGAACAAUCUCCGGUUCUUCAAUUGAGGUUUUUCAAUGGUACCUUGUUAGGAUACUUAUUGACUGUCGCAAUGGCUUAUUUCAAUGUUGUCAUUAUGUACAGUCCAACUGUACAAUUAUGGUUGGGUGUAUGGUUUGCGUGCUUUAACGUUUUCCAAUGUUUUUUGAUCAUGUGGUUUUAUGUUUUUGUUCGGAACGAUGUUCAAAACGCUCUUACUGAACUUAAAGACCAUCGAUGGGGUAGAAAAAAAGUUGUAGACUCGGUAAGGGCUCCAUCUAUCAGAACUGAUAGCUUCCAAUCGGUAAGACCAAAGUCGAAUAGUGAAGUUGUAUCCCUCCAGUCAUUUAGGUCACCACAGCUCCAGCUCGUUAUGAUGAGGCAUCAAUUGAAUUCCGAACGGCAGAUUGAUUAUUAUAAUCCCCAUCAAAUUACUGUUGCGAAAAAAUUUUUCAAAAAACAAAGACGGAAACAAAAUAAUUUACCACGGCGUCCACCACUUACUUCACCUGACCUCACCGAUAACGGUUACUUUUGCCAUAAUGGUAAAACAAACAAUCUCCAUCUAGACCUAAAACAUAACGGAGGCGUGUUCUCUGACAGUGUUAUAACCGAUCACGAGUACGUCGAAGUAGACGGUCGAUCCCAGUAUCAACACAAGUAUACACAACCGAGGGAAUAUUCAACCGAAGAGUUUGUCACUAGUCAAAUGAGUGGAGCCAGCUGUGAAGGAAUUUCGGAUAGUGUGACUGACUGUGGACGUAAUAUUAGUGAAAAAGAAAACUGCAGUAGUCCACAUGUGAUAGUGUCCGAUUGCUCAAGUGCAAACCCGAUGAACCAUACUUAUGAAACGAUUACACCUAUAAAAGAGAGAAGAGCAGAUUCGAGCAAACGAAAGAAAGAUCAAAAAAAAUCACAAAAAUCUGGUUAUACGCUUACUAGAACAAAUAAAUCGGACAGUGAUGAAAAUGAUGAGACUUGUGUUUAGUGCUUGCUUGACAAUUCAUUUAUUUUAAUUUUGUAUUACGACAAAUUCCAUAUUAUUAUUAUUAUUAUAACUUAAUAACAUACAGUAGUAUACGUAUAUCUAAGUAGUGUCGUUGUAAUUCAAACAUAUUGAAAAAUUAUAACAUUUGAAAAUUACCUAAUUUGUCAACAAAUAAAUAUUUUUAUUUUUUCACAUAUCCAAUAUUGUGUAAAAUAAAAACCAUAAAGAUUACUUCUCACAGUUAAAGUUAUGCAAUUAUUGUAAUAUUUGAAAUACUUCAAAUGACCUUUC